AUGAGGCUACUUAACUUCUCUCGGAAGCUUCUGAAGUCGGCAAUUGCUAUUUCCGAGGAAGUGCUACAGACUCUUGCCGAGAAGAAGAAACCAGUGGUCUCUCUCGAGUCCACCAUCAUCACCCAUGGGUUUCCGUUUCCCGCUAACAUCGAGAUGGCUAAAAAAGUGGAACAAGCCGUGAGAGACUCGGGCGCAAUUCCUGCUACGUGUGCCUUCUUGAAGGGCAAACCAGUGGUAGGACUCACUGAGAGCCAAUUGGAACAAAUGGCGGCGCUGAAAGCUGUUAACAAGGUCUCAAGAAGAGACAUUGGUGUUACGAUGGCUCAAGGUCUUGAUGGAGGCACAACGAUUGCAGGAACAAUGAUCUUGUCGCAUUUGGCUGGAAUCAAGGUUUUUGCUACUGGUGGGCUCGGCGGUGUUCACAAGGAUGGACACAUUACUAUGGAUGUUAGUGCUGACUUGACAGAACUCGCCAGAACCCCAGUGAGCGUGGUGUGCUCCGGGCCCAAGCUGAUUCUUGACAUUGCACGUACAAUGGAGUACUUGGAAACUCAGGGAGUGUUUGUAGCUACCCUCAAUGACGAUGAAAGACAAAGAGUCGAAGUUCCUGGUUUCUUUUGCAGAGAGCUGGGGGUCUUAUCGCCUUACCAAUUUGCCUCAUGGAGAGAGGCUGCCUCGAUAGUGCAUAACCAGAACAAUGUCAUGGGUCUUACGUCGUCGAACUUAUUUUGUGUGCCACCUCCUAAAGAUGUGGCACUCUCUAGUGAUUUGAUGAAGAGAAUCAUCGAUGAUGCUACCGCUCAAGCUGAAGCUGAAAAUAUCCUGGGCAAGCAUUUAACGCCCUUUUUGCUUAGCAAGGUCGCCGAAGGUUCUCAAGGUAAAUCAGUAGAGUGCAACAAGAAUUUUGUGAUCAAUAACGCUAUUGCAGCUAGUCACUUGGCGAAAGAACUCCUUGAGCUCGAGAAGGAGGGUCCCAGAGUGAGUUUUAUCCCGUCAACCAAUAUACGACAGGAAGUAUCCAAGGGCACGGAAGUGGCCAAAGACAAUGUGUCAAAAAGCUACGAUUCUAAUUCCUUGGAUCGGGCUGCUACCUCUACAGCCAAUGUGCCUCAAGGGGCAAACACCCUCAUAAUUGGCCUGAUUGCUUUGGACACGAUCAGCACUCUUCAUAAGAAACCCAUCAUGGGAGACUCUAAUCCUGGGACUCUGCGCUCAUCGGUUGGAGGAGUUGGCUUCAACGUUUCAUUGGCUCACAAAUACGCAAUACUGGGCUCUAAAAAAUCCUACAGAUUUAUCUCUGCAGUUGGAAGCGAUCUUGCAGGUCAAUCACUUCUCGCCGAGGUUGAGAAAGUUUUUGGUGAUGCUAGUGGUAUUAAGGUUCUCGAUUCUCUGGAGAGCGCUCAAUACACCGCAAUGCUUGACCCGGAAGGAGAGCUUCUUUUGGCCUGUGCUGACAUGAGUAUUUUUGAACGUCCAGAGGGAAUGGAAUUUUUCAAACAACAAAUUAUACGGGCUCAACCAGAAACGUUGGUAAUCGAUUGCAACCUCUCACCCGAAGUGUUGAAUCUGAUUUUGGAGACAGCGAAGAAGGAUCUAAAACAGCCGCCGAAGCUUAUUAUCGAGCCUACCUCAGCAGUGAAGCUGAGCAGAAUAGCAAAGGUUAACACAAAAAACUUGGGUGUCUUUCCCAAUAACACCAUCACUAUGAUCACCCCCACGGUCGGUGAGCUUGAAAGUAUACACUCAAGCUUCAGUCAAAGAGAGUUGCUCGACGACUACGAUGAAUGGUUUCCUGCGUUAGACCUGCUUGGUAUCAACUCUCAAUUCAGAGAGAAGAUGGCGGCACGAGCGAACAAGAAUAAAAACCUCAAGUACCUCCUUGAACAAGGCGUCAUCCAGCAAUGUCUCCAUUUAUUACCGUAUGUGCCCAAUAUUGCAGUCAAGCUUGGCAAAAGAGGAGUUGUCCUAGUCAAGUUGAGUACCGAUGUAGAGAGGUACAAGUCAAUUCCUACCUCAUCCCCAUUUGCACCAGCCUUUAUCAUCACUUCCGAAGGCCAGCAAUUUGAAGACAGAAGAGCAGGAGCAGUAAUAGAGUACUUUCCGAUCCCAACACAGAACGAAAAUAUUCAGGUAGUGAAUGUGACCGGUGCCGGCGACACUUUCAUUGGGGUUCUCUCUUCAUACGCAUCAAGGAAUGAUUGGCUCGACUCUGAGAUCAAAAGCAUCGAGCAGGAAUGGCAUAUGUGGGAGAGUUUUUACAACGCCCAGGUAGCCAGCGGCCUUAGCAUCCAAUCCCACAAGGCUAUCAGCCCAGAAAUACAAAAGCAAAUCUCUGGCUUAUCAUGA